ACGCAGUAUGACUACAGCCUAGCCUUUGGGUGGGUUAUACAUAGAUUUAUAAAUAUGCCUAUAAAUUCAGUGGUAACAGUCAGGUAUGGUCCAUAUGAGUCGUGUGGUAUUGUCGAGCACAGAACAUUUCGCCUGGAAGGUUUACAAGCGGUCCUAAAAGACAACGGCCACCAGUGUGUCCUCGAGAAAACAGAUGACUGGAAUAAAGUAGAGCUAAUUGUGAAUGGAGAGUGCGUCUACACGUGCAACAUUACUGACCUCGAGUUUGGGGGUGAUGGACGACUUGAUCCGCGGUGCCAAGAGGCCAUUGACGCGGUGAGAGACGCGUACUGAACGCCAUGUCUAUGACCGUGUGCUCAAUGGAACACUAGCAUACUACGUAAAGAAUACUACGCGGUAUAACCUCUACUAUUUUAUUUUGGGGGGAAAGUGGCUAUUAGUGGAAAAACUUUAGGCCUACACUAUUCUUAAAGUAUAAGUGAACCAGGUGGCGUUAUUCCAUUCUAAAUGGUAAACAAAUAGAAAAAAAAAAAUUGUUGUUGUUGUUUGAUUACAAUGUAUGCUGAACUCAGGAGAGUCUAGCUAACAUGCUGGAAAAUGCUGAAUAUUUUUAAUUUUGUGUAAAAUGUCUUACAGAUUUUCAGAUAAUUAGUCAGGAAAUCAGAUACUGUAGCCCUAUACUACCAGUUUAUUCAUCACACUGGGAAUGGAAGGUCGAGGAGAGUGGGAUUUGUGGGAUACAGAAGUCCAGUAAAUAAGUGUGCUGUUAUACACUGCUCAUUUCAGCAAAUUCAGUAAGUCAAAUUGUGCAUAAUGCAGCAAUUAAAAGAGUUGUAAGGUACAGCAUAGUAUUCUUAACUUACCCAAGGUCUUAAAAUCUAGUGUUGGCAUACUACCUAGACAGCGUUUUCUGGUGUGCUUUUAAGUCCACUAAUGUUGUCUUGCUGUAUAGGAAGGCAGCACACUGUCUGUAGAGAAACCUCUUAUGUAUGUACACAGGUAUAUGAAAAAUGAUAUAACAAAGCAAACAUCAAUCGUUUGUCAGUGACACAAGUUUAUUACAUUAUUGCUGAGAAACGUCUAUCAUUUAUCACAAUCUAUAACAGUGAACUAUAUUUAUGAUCACUUUUUUUUCUCCAUGAGCAAUGCCUGGUCUCUGUACUAUUCUACAACCAAAUCUGAUAUUUUAUUUUACCCUUUUUAAGCAUUUACAUUAAAUUCACUAUAGCAAUUGCCAAAUCAUAUGAAUAACCAAAAGCACAGAUUAUAGUUGCUAGUUAUAGCUGUUUAGUCCAGCUUGAGUGACAAUUAAUGGUUUAAUUAUGUAGAGUAUAAGCAGCCACAGAAUGAUCAUUACAGAUGACCAUUUACUGUAUGUAAGCUUUAAUGUUGCUAAAAUCCACUAUAAAUCCAGUUUGCUGACAGAAAGAUUACACAGAAAGAUAUUGCAUCAGAUACUUGUGCUUAUCAGAUUGGUGGUUAAAGUAAUUGUUUAGUAAUUUCUUUUUAUUUCUUUCCCAGUGUGUAUAGCAUUUCAAAGUUGUCACAGACAUGUUGAUGCUUUAAAUGUAAUGAUUCCCACAAGUCCUAAAAG